AUGGUCGCCCUGGAGCUGUACCGCAAGACCACCAUCGGCGUGAACCUCACGGAGACGCUGGACGAGAUGGUCUUCAGCGGCAGGCUCGCCCCCGAGCUCGCCGUCCGGGUCCAGCUGCAGUUCGACGAGUCCAUGAGAGACGUGCUGGAGCAAAAGCUGACGAGCAGGGCUUCCUUCAAGGGCCAUCUGCACACCUACAGGUACUGCGACGGGGUCUGGAUUUUCAUCCUGACAGACGCGACGUUCAGGAACGAGGAGAUGGCACAGAACAUCGGCAAGGUGAAAAUCGUGGCCUGCGAUGCUAGUUUGAUGAAGCCUGAGGGGCCUCCGCAACAGUAG